CGCCGCCCAGACAACACCAUGAAGCUCCUGGUGACUGUUUCCCUGGUGGCUACGGCCCUCGCUGCCCCUUCUGGUCCCCUGGCCGCCUACUCCGUGCCCAGCUACGACGCCGCCCCCGCCUACAGACCCACCCCCGCCUAUAACGAGGUGCCCCGCUACGUGUUCGACUACGCAGUGCGAGACAGCCUCGGCAACGACUACGGCCACCAGGAGACUCGUGACGGCUACGACACCAAGGGCUCCUACUACGUGCAGCUGCCCGACGGCCGCCUGCAGCACGUCAACUAUUACGUCAGCGGCGACUCGGGCUUCGUGGCGGAGGUCACUUAUUCCGGAGAGGCCCAGUACCCCGCCUACAGCCCCGCACCUUCCUACAGCCAUGCUCCAGCCUACAGCCACGCCCCAGCUUACAGCCCCGUCCCGGCCUACACCCCCGCCCCGUAUUACGGGUGAGCAGUAGCCGCCUGGUCCCGUGUCCCAAACAAUCAAAAGUUCCGUGGAUCUCGUGAUGGUGUGUCGCCUGUGUGCUGCUGACCGCUGCGACAAGGCCACCCUCACCCCGCCAGCCUGCAGGAGUAACGAACCUCUGUACAAAUAGAUGCUUUUCUCUUAUUAAACUAUUUCCUCGGCGAAGUUUGGGUCUUCUUUCCUU